GGGGGAGCAGCACUCGCUGCCUGCGCUCCGAGCCUCUGCCUCUCUGCAGCCCUACAGCCUCCAGCAGCCCUCGCCAUGAGCACCACUGUCAGGCAGUACUCCUCCUCCAUGUCCCUCAAGGGGCCUGGGGGCCUGGGUGGAGGCUCCACCAGGCUCUCCUCCGUGCGGGGGGGCACCGGCGGCUACAGAGCCCCCAGCGUCCACGGAGGCUCUAGCAGCUACUCUGUCUCUUCCCGCAUGGUCUCAGGCUUCGGGGGUGGCUAUGGGGGCAGCUACUGCAGCAGCGUAGGAGGGGGCCUCGGCGCCGGCUUUGGGGGCAGCUAUGGGGCUGGCUUUGGGGCUGGCCUUGGAGCCGGCUUCGGAGCCGGCUUUGGAGGUACCUUUGGAGGCGGCGAUGGCAUCCUCCAGGCUGGUGAGAAGGAGACGAUGCAGAACCUCAACGACCGCCUGGCUGCCUACCUGGACAAAGUGCGUGCCCUGGAGGAGGCCAACACUGACCUGGAGGUCAAGAUCAGGGAAUGGUACAAGAAACAGGCACCUGGUCCCGAGCGUGACUACAGCCCCUACUACAGGACCAUCGAGGAGCUCAGGAACAAGAUUCUUGCUGCAACUGUUGAAAAUGCCAACAUCGUCCUACAGAUUGACAAUGCCAGGCUGGCAGCUGAUGACUUCAGAACCAAGUUUGAGACGGAGCAGGCUCUGCGCCUCAGUGUGGAGGCCGACAUCAACGGCCUGCGCAGGGUCCUGGAUGAGCUGACCCUGGCCAGAGCUGACCUGGAGAUGCAGAUUGAGAACCUGAAGGAAGAGCUGGCCUACCUCAAGAAGAACCACGAGGAGGAGAUGAAUGCCCUGCGCGGGCAGGUGGGUGGUGAGAUCAGUGUGGAGAUGGAUGCUGCUCCUGGAAUCGACCUCACCAAGAUCCUGGCUGAGAUGCGGGAGCAGUACGAGAGCCUGGCAGAAAAGAACCGCCGGGAUGCUGAGCAGUGGUUCUUCAGCAAGACGGAAGAGCUGAACCGGGAGGUGGCCAUCAACACCGAGCAGCUUCAGAGUGGCAAGACGGAGAUCACGGAGCUGCGCCGCACCAUCCAGAGCCUGGAGAUCGACCUGCAGUCCCAGCUCAGCACGAAAGCGGCGUUGGAGAGCAGCUUGGCUGACACAGAAGCCCGCUACGGCACCCAGCUGGCCCAGCUCCAGGGGCUCAUCACCAGCGUGGAGGAGCAGCUGGCUGAGCUGCGGUGCGACAUGGAGCGCCAGAACCAGGAGUACAGGGUCCUGCUGGACGUCAAAUGCCGCCUGGAGCAGGAGAUCGCCACGUACCGCCGGCUGCUGGAGGGCGAGGAUGCCCACAUCUCUUCCCAGUACUCCUCCGCGAUGUCCUCACACGCUGGCAGAGAUGUCAUGUCAACGUCCCGCCAGGUCCGCACGAUUGUGGAGGAGGUGCAGGAUGGGAAGGUGGUCUCCUCCCGGGAGCAGGUUGCACUUACCACUCGCUAGGAGGGCGAGCAGCUUCCACAGACCCUCAACCCUGGGCUCAAGGGAGCAUGGAGCUGCACCAAGCACCAGCUGGGCCACGUGUGAUGGGGCUGGGUCACAGCAAGUGUCUGCUUCAUUCUGCUGCUCCUCCUUCCCCUAUUACCCCAAUUACCCGUGGGUGCCCCCGCGCACUCUGUACACAUUUAAUAAAGCUUUUUCCCCUUGUUCUUGCAACUGCAAA